UUGCUUCAUUGUCUGCCGCCUUAUGGGACUGUUUUCAUACAAAUUCAACGCCUCGAACAUCAAGACUUACAAACCAAGCUAUAUUCUAUCAACAAUCGUUAUGUGCGUUUUCUGCACUGCCUAUUCAAUUAAUUUCUAUGAUGUCAUUAUUGCUGGAAAUAUUAUAUUCAAAAGCGUAGGAGUACCCAAAAGACUUGAACUUAUCUGCAUACAUAUUCUUUAUGGUUUUGCAGUUAUUACUACAUUUAUUUUUACUGGACCACGAAUGCGUUUACUUCGGAACAUAAUGGAGGUUUCGUUGAAAUUACCCCCGCAAUCGUUUCAGAAUUUAUCUAGAUUAAUUCAUGCUAAGGACAGUUUGUUUUCCCUGCUUCUAAUUGUGUUAAUGUUGAGAGUGUUUUGUGUUCUGGACAUUACCUUCCUGCGCAAAAUUUUGUCUAUUUACGUGAUUUUCUUGGUGUAUCAAAUGGAUAUGCUGUAUAUGAAUUGUGUUUGUAUAUUGAAAGCUUGUUUCAAGCAAAUCAAUGACAAUCUCGUGAAUUUGCGGGACAUUUUGACAAAUGGUGAGCCAUGCCUCCUGAGCGGCACCUAUCGUGCGCAGACAAAUCCCUUCAUACUGCUGGAGAUCACAGCUUUGAAAAAACAGCAUUUGGCAAUCAGUGACACAGUACGAAUGUUAACAAGUGUCUUUAGUUUGCACCUUGUUUCGACAAUACUUAUAGCUUUCGCUGAAAUCAUCUUCAGUAUGUACUUUUACUUCGUACUAUUAAUACAUAAAAGUGUGCACGCGACCAAUUCUGAAAAACUGCUGUAUUAUAAGUACACAAGUGUAUAUAUAACGUUUUACAUGAUUAAAAUAGUAUUGAUAGUAUGGGCUUGCGAAACCGGAAAGAAUCAAAUACUGGAGAUCAAAACCACCGUUCACAACGUAUUCAACAGCACCAACAAUGAGCACAUAAAAUACGAGAUGGAACUAUUUUCCUUGCAAUUAUUACAUUGUGAAAAUGUAUUUUCCGCAAAGUGGAUUACUAUAGAUGCUACACUCUUGAAAUCGUUAGUAGGUAACAUUACCACGUAUCUCGUUAUCUUAAUCCAAUUCCUGUACAUGUCAUAUUCUUGCGUGGAAAAUUGAUCUAGUUAAUAAAUCUAGGUAUUUUAAACAUAGGUAAUAUUAUACAUUUUAAAUAUUCGUUUUCUUGUGUGAUUGUAAGUAGAAUAUCGAUAUGAAUAGAGUAGUGCUUUAUGCUUCUAAAAUUUGUAGAUAUACAUAUAUGUAUGAAGAAAUUAAAAACGUCUUAUAUUACAUAUAUAU